AAUAUUCGUUUUUUUUUUAAUUCUGGCUUGCUUUGUUCAAAUACAAGUAUUCGAUAUGUAUUAGACCCCUGGUCAGAGGCGGACACACGUGUUAGGAAGGGGUUGCACCUGCAACAGGUUAAAUAUAACUAUUAAAGAGUUUUAGUCAUUGGACAAGAAAAAAUCGUAGCUCAGUUGGUGAAAUACUCCCUUUCUUGACCCCCUUUUCCUGAGUUCAAACCCUUUGUGUUAUUUUUUUUUACUUAUUUUAGUAUAAAAAUGUUUAUACUGGGCUGAAGCCCAAACAUUUGACACCCCUAAAAAAUGGGGCUGGGUCCGCCACUGCCCCUGGUCCAUCACUUUCAAACUGAAUCGUCUAAAAUGACUUUUUAGAAAUCUCUCUAGCCUUUUCGCUUCAGAAUAAGCCUCACGUGAGUUAUAACUAGCAUUGAUGUCGUAUAUUGUUUAAAGCCGAUAAUGUUUCCAGUGUUGCAACAUUCUCUUUGUUGAGUUUAAAUUAAAUGUCCUGAAAAUUUUGUCUUGCAUGGGAUCAUUAAUCUUGUCUAUACACCGUAGUUAUAAAAAAAAAUUCAGAUGGGAAGCUUGUAAGACUGUGGCGUGGUGUAUGGAACAAGGAAGAUAAUGGCGCCGGGAAUAUCCACCUUGAUCCUACAUACUUUGGCUUUGGAGAGAUAACCAGAGACAAGGAGACGUUCGAGCCUUUGAUGAGCAUAGUAAGGAUGAGGUAUGUGUUGGGAGAACGGACUCUGGUUGUUCUAUCUUAGCAGGUUCCGGCAUGGAUUCUUGGCCCACUUGGAACAGGAUCUCUACCGAUAAGCAUAACAGGACAUACCUGUCAUGAUGAGUGUAAGACAGUGGUUCACUGAGCUCGUCCUUGUUAACACCAUCGGAGCUCAUAACGUUGAUAGGUACCAUUUCAACUGGAGAGACAACUUCGUGGUGGGAAGGAGCGGUUUUUUGUUGACAGAAGUCAAGAUGAGUAUGCUAAGAGAGAAUAUGAAAUUAAUCAUACAUUCUUGGCUUGUGUUGACAUAUUUACUAUUAUUAGUCUCUACUAUUUUACAUGUUUUUACGUUAUUAACAAAAGAUUUGGAACAUUUUGCAGGGUUUGUUGUUGGAAGAAGGAUGAGAUGUAGCAAAACCGUCCUGAAGAAAUCUUUAAUGAACAAGAGAUGAUGGUGCUGCAUGGGGUUGAUCUUGAAUUGGACUUGGCCAACUCACUACAACAUCAAGCUGCAAAAUGAUGUGAAGCUAUUGCUCGGGAAAUAAUUUAGGUCAAAGAUGACAAUGAUAACAUGACUGAUGCGCAAGUGGUUAUGGAGUGAUGUGAUCAUGGAUAGGUAUCUUGAACCAGUUCAGGAGGAGGUUGACAAGAAAGCUGUCUUAACCAUUCCGAAGAUCAACUGUAAGGAAGUAGAAGGCAUUGGACGAGACAAAAAUCAGUAUUCAAUAACCAUUGUGGAUAAGAACCAGCUGAUCAACAAUUAGGAAAUCCAUUUGUGAGUGCUCUUUUUUCCUAUCUUGGUGUUGUUCCAUUGGUUUUCCAAGAUAGGUUAUUAACGAGGCUACAUAACUUUACCUUAUCUCCUGGCCUUCUCGGCCGCCAAGGGAAUAGAAAAUCUAGAACGCUUCGACAUUAAUAUACUGUUUCCUGACCAAGAAACCAGAGGAUGAGAGGGGAAAUAAUCGAUCUACGCACAUAACGACGAAGAGGAUUCGAUCUACUCAAUUCCAGAAAAAGUCAAGAAAUAAUACCUGAAGAUGGGGUGCGGAUGCCAAGAUGUGCAGCUUAGAAAUAAGAAGAAAAAAGGGAAAUUUAAAAGAGAAAUCGUUUUUGUCUUCUCGGAGAAACCGAUGGCUUCGAUCCCAAAUUUGAGAAAUGGGGGGGGGGGGGGAGAUUUUGAAAUUCAAAACGAAUUCAUUUCUGAAAAAUCAGAUCGGAUCCGAUUCACCUACAAAUAAGAAAAGGGAAUCUGAGAUACCAAGGCCGAUUCGAUCAACGAAAUUCUCUAAAACUCAAGGAAUCAGAGUCAUGCACCGGGUCCAAGCACCAUGCCGACAAGCGUACAAAUAAUGAUGCUCACUGAAGGAUCAAACAUCCUGCCUAAGGCCAGGAGUUCUGCAUAUAAGUCUUGCCAUCCACUGAAAUGCAAGACCAGGGUCUCGAACCUUGCUAGAUCACUUUCAGACAGGUCCAGAACCUGGGAACACCUACUAGACUCCAGUCUACCUCAGGGAAAUCAACUCUACUCCAGGUUCAAACACGGUUCGGGCCUAAGAAAAACAUGGAAAAAAAAGAAUCACUGGAGCGAUGUCCUGCCAAGGGUGCCUGCUGAAAUAGAGAAACUCCGAUUGACUCAAGUGCACAUGUUAUUCCCCGACAACUAUGACGAAAUCGAGAAAUAAGGAGAAAACUGUAGGGAAAAAAUACUCAUGUAUAAAAAUCCUCCAGGCCUCGGGCAGAACACCGACCUCCAUGUUCCUGCUGAGAGGAACCCUGGUUUCGACCCAUGCUACCAUCCCUGCCUCCGGGUAAAAUGGAAGUUUUCUAAUUAAAGGGAUUCUUCCUUAUUUAUGAAUAUGAAAGUGUUUAACCUACCUAACCGACGUCUAUGUGACUAUAUAAGGGGACCUCAUACCCUAGAAUAAGGGAUCGACAUUCAGAGACUAAAGAGAUUAUAGCUAGACGGCUAGAACUAGGGUUUAUACACCAAAACGUUGUAGUUCUUGCUCAUUCAAUCAAUAAAACAUCUCUUUACUCUCUAUUCUUGCUCAUCUUCCUGCUCUUCUAUUGUUCUGGAGUACUCACAAAGAUCCUACACAAAUAUACCCUAACACUUCCAGGCUCAUAAAAUUGUAGUUGUAACGUCGUUCCCUAUAAAACAAGUCCUCCACAAACCCGAAGUGUCAGGACGUCUGGCCAAAUGGGCAAUGAAACUGGGAGAAUAUGAUUUAGUGUUUAGGCCAGCUACGGCUAUCAAAUCACAGGUCCUAGCAGACUUCGUAGUAGAAUUUUCUCCCACUAUGCUUCCAGCCCUAGAACAGGAGAUCAACCUCCGAAAUGAGGGAGGAAAGACUGGAGAAUGGAUUCUACACGUACACGGAUACAGUAAUAUCAAAGGAGCAGGAGUUUUAAUAGUACUCACCUCCACUGCAUGGAAUACAACCUCGAGGGCCGGAAGAUGCAAUUUCAAGGCAACCAACAACGAAAGCGAAUAUGAAGUCUUGUCUAACGCUCGCCAAAAAAAUGGGGGGCCGAGAACAUCCAGGUCUUCAGCGACUCACAACUAAUAAUCAGCCAGGUGCAGGGAGAAUAUCAGGCCAAGGAUGCUAGUAUGAUCAAAUACAUUUCGAUCGCCAAGUGCCUAGUCAAAAGUUUUCAAAGCUGUAAGCUUACACAUAUCCCCAGUGAGCAGAAUUCCCAGGCCGACCAUGUGGCUAAUCUAGGGUCUGCCCUCGAAACUAAAAGCCAGAUGAGUAUUCCCAUGCUGGUGCUUUAGUGUCCAGCAACGGAGAAAGAAGUGGAGCCUGAGGAAAUGUUGGCCAUCACAGAAGGAGUAACUUGGAUGACCCAAAUAGUCAAAUACCUGGAAACAGAUAUCCUCCUUGAGGAUCACAACGAAAAUAGAAGGAUCAAGAAGCACACAGCAAGAUAUAUUGUAUUUCCCAGGAGAAAUUGUUCAGAAGAUCCUUCUCCGGCCGUUACCUGCGAUGCAUCACACCGGGAGAGGCCACCAUAAUACUCGAAGAAUUGCAUGAGGGAGAGUGCGGUUCUCAUUCGAGCGGCCGAAGCCUGGUAUUAAGAGCCAGAAGAGUGGCUACUAUUGGCCCACCAUGGCGGAAGACGCAACAAACAUGCCAGAUAUCGUGCCAAAGGCAUGCUCCGGUUUCCAAGCUUCCCCCAGAAUACCUCAACUCUGUGAGCUCUCCCUGGCCUUUCAGGAAAUGGGGCAUGGAUAUAGUAGAAAAAUUCCCAAUAGCUCCGGGGCAGAAAGUCAUCCUCCUGAUAGUUACCGACUACUUCUCCAAAUGGGUGGAAGCCGAAGCAUUGAGCAAGAUAACUGAUCUCCACAUCCAAAAAUUCAUGUGGACUAACGUGAUCACCCGCUUUGGGGUCCCGCAAGAGAUCAUUACCGAUAAUGGACCCCAGUUACGAGCCAUAACUUCAAAGAUAUUUGAAAGAACUAGGGCAUAAAGCUUACCUUCGCCACACCAAGAUAUCCUCAGUCCAAUGAACAAGCGGAAUCUACCAACAAGACGGUGGUAAACAUGAUAAACAAAUGCCUGGAAGAUGCUCAUGGGAGAUGGGUAGAAGAAUUACACAGAGUUAUAUGGGCUUAUAGUACCACGUCCAAAACGGCCACAUAGGAAACUCCCUACUCAUUGGUCUACGGCACAGAGGCUAUUAUACCAACGGAGGUGCACGUAAAUGACCUUAUCAGAACCUCUCUCUCAGGAAGAAAACGAUGAGCUGAUGGGCCUGAGCCUCAACCUGCUCGAUGAAAAGAGAGAGAUAACAAGGCUAAGAAACUGGUCCUACCAUCAAGACAUCGCCAAAAGCUACAACAAAAGAGUCACAACCAGGACUUUCCAGCAAGGAGACCGGGUUCUUCGACGAGUCUUCGAAAAUAAGAAAGACAAACCAGCAGGGAAGCUUGCGCCCAAAUGGGAGGGUCCCUAUAAGUUAAUCGAGGUACGAGGAGCAUAAGCCUAUAGGCUGCAAGACAUCAAUGGCAAGAUUCAACCAAACUGUUGGAAUGCCUUGCACCUCAAAACCUAUCAUUUUUAAAUACAAUCUUCGGAUCACACUUUACAUUGCUAUACUACCUAUUAUUUAAGCAUUAUGGUUUCCUACUCCUAUUUUACACAAAACGUCUCCGGACUGAGCCUAUAUAAUAAAAAUUAGUUAUGACUAAGGGAGUAGCAGGAAUACCAAUAUACUUAAAGGGGCAUACGAGCUGGAUCAGGUCUCAAGAGACUUCCGAUCUUGGCCAACCCUUUGCCUAAGUGGUAUGUCCACAGUAACGAUAAUGGUUAUACGAGAAAUAAAUUAGAUUUGAUCCAUAAAGAUAAAGAUAAAGAAUUGAAUGACUUAAUGAGUAAAUAUGUAAGAAUCUAGCUUUAGGAAAAAUGUCGACAAAGUGAAUUAGAAUUUAGAGGAAAAUGAAGGUGGGGGGGGGGGGAGAGGGAAAAUUGUUUUCAUAGCUUUUGACCCGAAAAAAAGAACAUAGACAUAAGUAAAAUGUUUUUGCUUGGUGAGUCUUGAUUAUGUCUCCUAUGCUCUUCUCCUUGUUUUAAUCAUUUUAAGUUGUGAUUAGCGUUUCCAUUUACUUUGCCAAAUUUGAUUUUUUUUAAUGGUAUUUAUUUUAAUCGACGUUUCUGAUCAGAACGUUUUCUUAGUUACUAUUUUCAAAUGAUUUUAUGUUCAUUUAAGAAUUGAGAUUGACCAUAUAGGCUUGUAUGUGUUAUUCAAUACAAGCCUUACACUUCAUUUAUGUUGUUCAUUUUGUUUUCUUCAUUUGGUUUAGCGUUACUGACCUUAAAUCUUGUGUCAGAGUUUACAUAGUGUUUUAAAAAUCGCUUUAGACAGUAUCUAGGUGCUAGGUCCUCCAAAACUGUGGUGAUUAUCUUGUAAGGUCCUCCAAAACUGUGGCGAUUAUCUUGUAAACCAUCUAAAAUCUAAACAAAAUGUUUACACUAUUUUUCUCUCUCCUCGAAAUCUUUCUCCAUCCUCUAUCCUCAGAAUUCCUCCCUCUUUGACGUCUCCACCAGCUCCGGCAACCGGUGGUGGCACGCGUGGUUGCCGGGAGCCCUCUCAAAUCCUAUUCCUCUUUGUAUUUUGCUCUGUUUCUCUCAUAUUCCUCUUCUAUGUCGUCUUGCUCGGUGUUCUGGUUUGGUCCUCCGGCGUGGUUCGUUCUGUCUGCGGUUGGUAGAUCCUGGUCUGGUGUGUAGGCGCGGCGGGGUGUGAUGUGGGUGGGAUGUGAGUGAACGGAGUCGGUUUUAAGGGUUCGGCGGCGGCGAUUGGAUGAGGUUUUCAUUUUCUCUCGAUCUGGUCCUCUGCCGGCGGUGGGAGCGCGUUAACGUGGUUGUAAGGCUCCUUCUUUUCAGAUCCGGUGGUCUUGCCUUCAAGCUAUCGUUUUGGAGUGGAGUGGAAGUGGUAGUGAUGUGAUCAUGGGCUGAUAUAUGAAGCUAUGGACAUGAAAGACAUUCAGAAAUUGACCCAUGAUACUAGGUUGCAUGUCCAGCCCAUUUUUAUCAAGUUACAAGCCCAAAAAGAUUCAUAAACAAGUGGUUUAUUUGCUGCCCAAGAGGAGUUACGAAAAUUUGGUGUUUCAUUGCAUGGAAGGCUUCUCUCGCUUGCAUGUAAGGAAUGCUUGUUUCAAGAACAUUUUCUCUCCUCCAUACACUGAAUUUAGCAUUUCCCAUGUAAUAAGUAUUUAACUUUCUCACCAAGUUUAGUAUCCUAUAAAUAAGUUGUAAUCUUCAUGAAAUAAAAUAAGAGUUGAGUUUAUAUUUUUGGAAACAUUGAGAGUGAUUCUCAAACCUGUUUUUGAUCAUGGUGUGUCAUAUCCAUUGGUCAAAACUUGUAUGAUUGUUGGUGUUUAAUAUCCUUCAAUCUAACUCAAUCAAACUUGGUGCGUAAUAUCCAAGGGAGAUUGUUAUAGGGUAAAUCAGAAGCCAUCCGCAACUUCUGUGUGACCUUUCGACCCACGUCCAUUGAUCGUUUGUUGCUUUCGGGCUCAUUCGGUGCAAGACUUAUCCCUUACCAAUUUCAGAGUGUAUUCCUUGGAAGGUUUCUCAGCAAGUUUAGUGUAUUCCUUCAGUCUAACUUUGUCUAAUCUAGUGUAUCAUAUCUAGAGGAAGCCAUUAUAGGGUAGUAUCAAGAGACUUUCCACCCCUCUUGUGUCACCUUUCGAUCCACAUCCCUUGAUCGUUUGUUUCUUUCUAGCUCAUUCGGUGCAAGGCUUAUCCUUUACCAAUUUCAGAGUGUAUUCCUUGGGAGGUUUUUAUCAGGUACGGUGUCGUCGGAGUUCUGUAUUUGCUUGGGGUCCAGUGAGGCACCUCCUUCUCCAUCCGGCCAAGUCAAGUUGUACUUUGGGGCUCUUUCUUAAGGUGUGUCUGUUGUGGUUUAGGUUUCUGUGUGGUUGCCGGUCUGCGGUGGUUGUCGUGUGCGGUCGUCGGAUUGUUUCUGGGCUGGGUCGUCUAUGACCUGCGCCUCGAACUCUCCGGUAGUCACUACUGCUUUCUCUUCACGUUUCUCACCGCUCUUGUGCUGUUACAUCGCAUCUGCUCAGUGUGAUGCCUCCUCCUUUCCAUUUCUUUGGGGUUCUCAACGGUCUCCUCCAUUGCUUUCUCUCCGACGAGGCUUUAUAGAGCUCCCAUCAGUUCUCGGUGUGAGCGCGAGGCAAGGCUUCAGACCUCCGUUUGAGUCUCAAAGCUCUAUUUCCUUGAAGGAGACUUGUGUGCUGAUUGGUCAUCCCAGCUCCAUUGUCAGGUCGCUUGAUCACCAAUGGAGGGCUGAUCUAUCUCUAUAUUGUAGGUUUGGGCGAGCGGCUCAGGUGGCUCUCAUUGCUCCAUGUCUUCUUGCAUCUGCUCGCAUUAUAAAUCCGAAGCCGAGCAUAAUAAGUGUGAUUUUGGUGGUCUUGGGACGUCAAGCCAGAUUGGCGCUCUAGUGUGCUUGAUACAAGUGGAGAUUCUUAGCUCGGGUCUCAGGCUCCUCUACCGGUGGUGGUUGGUGGCUUGUGAUUCCUUCAGCCGGUCUUUGAAAAGCUGUGUAUGGUUGGUGUCAAUCUUUUGGAGUAGCGCUUUGGGCUAGCCAACUUCUACCGAGCGUGGUCUCAUAUUUUAUCAAAGGCUCCGAACCCAUUUGGCAAUGAUGCAGUAUCGGCCAGGCUAUCCGUCUGCUAGUGUUUUGUGUUUAUGUAUUAAUGUUAUGUCUUUUGAUCCUCCAAUGUUGCUUCUUCUUUCUUUUUGGUGUUUAGGUUUUUAGUCUUUUUUGCUACUAGUAUUCUUUAUACUGUUCUCAAAAACUUAAAACUUUGGUAUAUAAAACUUAACAUCUACACCAAAAAAAAAAUCUAAACAAAUCUAAUAUUAUAAUAAAACUAAUUAUGAUUUGUUAUUUAUAAAUUAUAGUAAUUUAUAUAUUAUAAUAUAGAAUCUUAUGUAAAUAAAAUACUAUGAAUUUUAUCAUUUUUAGAUAAUGAUAUUUAAUAUAAAAUAUUAUAUAUUUUUAGUUUAUUAUUAUAUUUUUUAAACGCCUAAACUAUUUAACUAAUAGUAACGUCCGAUUAAUCGUUUUAGACGGUUUUAGGUGUUAGACGUUGAGUCAUCGUCACCUAGCACCUAGCACUUUUCUUUAACUCUGGGAAUAGUUUUUUUCAUUGUAUUUAAAAUUUUUUUCUUAUCAAUACUGUAUUUUAAGUUCGUUAUUAUAUAUGAACGUGUACAUAUACUUUUCCUCGUCAUAAGGCCGAUCCCUGCUUAUUAAAACAACUUAACAAGAUUAUUUUAUGAAAAGAAGUUAAAAGAACACGAGUUAGCAAUAGCGUCGACGUGUGUUCGAGAGAUCACGAGAUGUAACAAUAAAAAGCUGGUUACUUUGCUUUACAUAACAUCUCCAUCUCAAUUUCUACAUAUUCUUUCCGUAAUUUAGUUAGUCUCUUGUUUACUCAUGUCGAAAUGUGUCUCAGCUUCUCCUACCUCCCAAGCAUUCAUAUCUCUAGUUAUCUAUAUAUUUACCCUCACGUAUAUAUUGAAUCCGAUAUUCUAUGGUAUAUUCCAGAAACAAUAAUCAAUCGUAGAUGUCUACUUUUAUAGCAAAGAGUCUCGGGUCCAUUGUCUCUAUUGUAGCAAGAUUUUUCUCUUUCCGACGCCGUCCUAAGUCUAAUACAAGACCCACCACACAUAUCAGCUACUUCAGGAUGUCUAAGAAACGCCCACUUUCUUUGCAGACGGUUGAUCUCAAGGUCAGGAUGUGUUGCACUGGUUGUGUCAGGAUCGUUAGGAAGGCAAUCUCAAAACUCCGAGGAGUUGAUUCAGUAGAGGUGGAGAGAGAGAUGGGAAGAGUGAGAGUGGUGGGAUACGUCGACAGAAACAAAGUGCUCAAAGCCGUGAGACGAGCCGGGAAGAGAGCUGAGUUUUGGCCAUACCCUGAGCCUCCACUUUACUUCACAUCUACUCAAAACUAUUUUGUUGAUCCCUCAAAAGAGUUUAAAGAGAGUUAUAACUAUUACAGACACGGUUACAAUGGUACGGAACAACAUGGUAAUAUCCCUGCAGGUAGUCGUGGAGACGACAGGGUUAGCAAUAUGUUUAAUGACGAUAACGUCAAUGCAUGCAGUGUCAUGUAGCUGCUUAAAAACGACUGAAAACUUGACGCAAAACUAAAUACUAAUAGAAUAAAACAUGAGAAGUUCUUUUUUUUCUUCUAAUUUGUAUUGCAACAUUUUAUGAUGUGUAAAACAAAAUUACUGUUGUAAGAAAAAUCAAAGAUUUAAUGUGGAGUGUACACAAUGUCGACAUGAAGUGAUAAAUAACAAGAGAAGAGGGUUCAAAAGAGUUCAAGAGACUUCAAAAAUAAACACAGUAACUCCGUGAAUAGUAACUUCAAUUGUUUUGGUUGCUCUAGAAAAAUAAACCUACUAAUAAUCUUUUAGCCACCAUUGUAAAAAUCAAGGAAAUCAAUUUUUUUCUUCUCUUUCUUGUUCUUCAUGUUCUUCAGUUUCAAGCAAGUAAACCAUUCUAAAUCUUUCUCUAACUGUUGAACCGAUGAAUAAGGUGGGAGUUUGUCCAUUGGAAAACAAAACCUGUACUACAACCUGGAUAUAUAUGUACUCUAGAGAAAUCGGUUAAUUCAUAAGUCAACAGAGUCUAACGAUCUCGAUCAGUACAUGUACACAUGAGCUGUGUAGAUACAUACACCAACACUUAAUUAAUUCACAUUCAAUACACGAACUAAAAAAUACAGUUUUCAAAUACAUUGACCAAUUGUCCUUUACUCAACAUUAUUUUUCUGUUUUUAAAUAUUAAUUUAAAAUAAUUAAAAUUUAUUAAUCAGGAUUUAUGUAAAAUUAUAGUUUUGUAAGUGCAUAUAUUAAGAAUAUUUAUGUAAUAUCAAUUUAGAAAGAAUUACAUUUCAUUUAAAAUAUAUCAGGUAAAAUUUAUUCUGGUACAAUUCAUUUUAUUUUAAGUUUCAUAAUAUUAUCUAAAUUUUUGAAAAUUUUGAACUGUGUUAACUUAUUUUGUAUAUAUUAAAAACAAAUUAUGACUUGUAUAUAUAGGAAAUGAACAUGUAAAUAAUAAAAAAUCUUAUAUUAGUUGGUGAUAUAUAUUUCGUAAAUUUUUGUUAGAAUUCAAUUAUAUAGUUAAUAUCCGUAAUACAUGUAUCAUUAAAGAAAAACGAAAUAGAAAACAUAUCAUAUAUUAUUAAUACAUGUAAUGUUAUGUAACAUAAAUGGUCUGAAUAAUUUUCAUAACGCUUUGGAAUAUUCCUUAAAUAUAUUUAUUUGCUGAUUAAUUUUAAUUAAUAAUAAUUUUCUAAAACUAAUGAAUGACAUGACUUUGUAAAUAAAUUAAAAAUCAAGGACAGAAUCCUAGUAUGAAUUAUGUUUUAAUAGUAUAGAUAGUAUAGAUGGGAAAAGGAGAAAACUCAAAAAUAAGGAGGAGUUUUUUAUUAAAUAUUUAAUAAACCAUUGGGUAAAUCCCACCUAAUCCAUAAACCCUAAAUUUUAAACUUUAAACGUAAACCUUAAACCCUUGGAUAAAUCCUAAACUCUAAAUCAAAAACACUAAACACUAAAACACCCAAGGGUUUAGGUUUUAUGAUUUAAGGUUUAGGGUUUAGUGUUUAGUGUUUUGGAUUUAUCCAAAGGUUUACGGUUUACCCAAGGGUUAAAGAUUUAGGAUUUAGGGUUUAGUGUUUUGCUGACAACGUUAAAGAUAUAUUUAAAAAAAAAAUAUUUUGUAAUUACUAUUAUUUUUUAUUUAUUUAUUUUACCUAUUAUUUUAAAAACAUAACAUAACUUGACAAUAUUUUAUUUUUUUUAAAGAUAUCGAAUAUGAAAUAACACAAUUCUAUUGGUUUGUGAACCUAAAGGUUCACAGGGUGAAUCCAAUAAUAAGUCUUAAAAUAAUACAUGUUUAAUACUCAUAUUUUUCAUAGUAUAAAUAGUUUUAGAAGUAUUUUUUCACAUUUGAAUACAACUUUUGUACUUUUUAGAUAUUGUGACCAAUUAAAUUAUGUAUUUAAAAAAAGAAAAUAGUUGAUAUAUGAUAUUUUUUUUAAAGUAACAACUUUCUUAAUAUUAAUAUUUUUAGCUCUGUGAAAAAAAAAGUUUUACCUAAAACUACAUAAUUUUUUUCACAUUUUGAUAUGAGAAACUGAACCAACUAUGCUACGUUACUGAGCUAGAGAAGUUUGGCUAGGAAAAGUGUAUGUAGACUAGAUUGCAGUGAGUCAUCUCUGUGUAUGUGAAUCUGGCUUUGAAUGCUAAAUAGUGCAUCAACUUUCUGAUACAAUCUUUGUUCUGUCAUUCAAAUUCUUGAAUUUUAAGAGCAUAACUCUCUACCAUUAAACUGUCCACAGCGUAAGAUAAGAUGUGUCAAUUAUAGACUUUGAAGGAAAUAUGUUUAUGGCUCAUAGAAG